AUGGAUUUCCUCCUGGAUUUGCUCAAGGGACUGAAACCUACAUCUAGAUCCAUGAUGCAUCCAGUUGAGACGUUCUAUGGUUUCUCUCUUUCUACAAUCAUUUUUGCAACUCUUCACCAACAAUGGCCGUGCCAAAAGCUACUUGAACGCCAUACUCCAAAUUCUUUUCUCUAUUACUCUUUUCUCUCCUACUCACAAGAUAAAUGGAAAAAUGUGUGUAAAUGCUCUCUGGGACUGAUUUGUUUGCAUAACGUGUGCCUUCCAUCUCUUUGUAGGCUCAUAGCAACGGAGCUGGCAAGGAUUCAUUGCAUCCAUGCCCACAAUGGCUGCAUUCCGAAACCCAACCUCUGGGUGAAAAUGCGGAAGUACAUGGCUCUUGUCUCCUCUGAGUUCACACCAGAAGCUAAAAAUACCCGGAUUCAGAAGAAGGUGCCACCUUUGGAGACACUGGAGAAGGAAAUGGCUUGGAUGAAGGAAUACCUGUCAGAGCUGAACUCUCCCACAGUGCUCUGCCAUAACGAUCUACUUUGCAAGAAUAUCAUCUACAAUGAAAAGGAAGGUUGGGUGAAAUUUAUUGACUACGAGUAUUCCAGUUACAAUUACCAGGCCUUCGAUAUCGGAAACCAUUUCAAUGAAUUUGCAGGAGUGAACGAGGUGGACUACAGCCUGUAUCCAGACCAAUCCUUACAGUUCCAAUGGUUGAGAACCUAUCUAGAGGCUUGUAAGCAAUUUACAAAGAAGGGAGGCGAGGUGACCGACAAUGAAGUACAGUUGCUGUAUGUUCAAGUCAACAAAUUCUCAUUAGCAUCUCAUUUCUUCUGGGGGUUCUGGGCAUUGAUUCAAGCCAAGUACUCAACAAUAGACUUUGAUUUCCUUGGGUAUAGUGUGCUGAGGUUUAACCAGUAUUUCAAGAUGAAACCCCAAGUCAUUGUUCUCCAGAUGCCUGCAUGAUGGUGUGAAUGACCUUCCACCCUUGCUGCACAAUCGUCCAGAAGCUCUCUGUUGGUCUUUCCAGCUCCCUCCCAAGUACAGACUCUGACAGCCACUUGUUCCCAUCACAUGCCGCAAUCUGAGAAAUAGACUUGCCCCAAACUCUUGACCACUGUUCCCUUUAAGCACAGACAGCUCUGAGAAAUUGGUACACACUCCUCUCGUGACUAAAGCCACGGCCCCAUGUUUUGCUUUUGGUUUUGGAUCCCAGUUGUACCCAGAGAUGUGGACACAAGGGCCUUUUGGAAUCAUUCCUGUGACCCCCUUUUCCCAGUUACUCUAAUGGCAAGAUCUGUAUCCAGUUUAGUCUUGAUAGGGACCAAGCUGAGGACAGGUGGCUAUGAGAGAGGGAGUGGGAUAAUGAAGUGGGAAUCAGUGAGAGGGGUUGUUUUUUAUUUAUAAAAUAGCACUUGCCUAACUUUUAGUUGCUGAUUAGUCAUUUAGUUUAUGCCACCAUGAAUACAGGGAGGUCACACGCUGACAAAGAUCAAAGGUUUAAAACAAUUUCUGUGUUUAACCUUUUCCAAAAAUUAUUCAGCAGAAGUGAUGUUUUGUCUCAGCCCUAACUGUGCAAGAGUGGGCUCAGUACAUCUGUGUUGCAUUUUUGUCUUUAUUAAUAAGCUAUGUGUGUUGUGUGUGCGUGUGUGUAUAUGUGCGUGUGUGUGUGUGAGAGAGACAGACCACAAACAGGAAUGGGGGCUCAAAGCUUUCUGAGAGGUUUGUAUAACCUUGCCUUUGGGCAUCGCUGCUGUUCAUUAGAUAUGUGGGAGGGGUGUCAGGACUGGCAGGAAGUAAUGUGACAAAAUGAUAUGACCAAUCUAAUAAAAACUUAAGGUAUGGAAUGAGAAAGUGACACAUUUGCCCCCAUGAAUUCUCUUUGAUCGACAGGCCUGCACACGCGAUUCUCUCAGGGAGCCUACCCAAUUUGUGAAUGGCCUUGAGUGUUAGCCACAGCAAGCUGCACUUUAGCACUGUCACAGGGUGACAGCGUGAACCUUUUGAACUACACAAGUAGCAAGUUCCCAGAGGAGCUACUUAAAGUUUAGUUGGAGGGAAAUGUGUAAUAAAGCUACAUGCAGUACCCUACUGUCACAUGAUCCUGUAGUGCUCAGAGUUGAACCCUAUCCAGUCUGCAAGCUUGGUCAGCACAGGAAAGAACCAGUUGAUUUUUUCUUUUGGGUGGAGAGUGGGAUGGGGUGGGGAACCAAUUCUCUGCAUCAGUGGAAACUGCAGGGAUAAGUUAACUCCCCGUUUGAAAAGCAGUUAGGGAAUAGCGUCAGUUAGGGAAUAGCGUCAUAGUGUCCAGAGAAUUGGGAUAAAGACAGAUAACGCCUUCUGCUCUGGUUCAAACUACAUAUCCAGAUCAGGAGAGAAUGAGUGAAUGGCUUCAAUGCCCUGUGACUGAUUGACUGGGGGCCAAAGGCUGUGAAUUUAGAUAGCUUUUAUCGAAUCAUUGUCCUUUUGAAAAACUCCCUACCUCAUGUGAGGGAGGCUCUUGUUGUAUGAUAGCUUGUAUAUUUGCUACUAACUUAAGACUUUAUGUUUCCCCCACUGUUAUUGAUUGACAGCGUUUUACGCUGCUGCUAUUUUGGGUUUCUGUCCACAGAAUUACUUCAGAAGUCUUUGGUUAGGCCACUGGGUGAAUAAAAGCAAGGCUGCUAUGGUUUUUGACUCGAUUAGAAAGACUGCUUUGGUCCCACUCAGACUAUUGGUCAGGGAGACGAAGCAGGACUUUCUCAAUCUUUUGGGUUAAUCACGGGCCAAAGAAAACAAAAUUCCUCUUGCUACCGCUGCUGCUACUUCAAUGUACAGGGAGGUUCACAUGAAAAUCUUCACUAGCCCCAAAAUUCAAUGAAGCAUUGUGAUCAGAUUAGAAACUGCUGUUACUUUGUCUCCCCAUGUUUACUGCUGAUCACAGUCAUUUUGUACAUGGUUCUUGGAUCUGACAGCAGUUCUGAAACAAGAUCUCAAAUGCUCUUCCUUUAAACCCAACUGAAACUUCUUGUUUCAUUCUUUUUUCAGUCAACAGAGGUAGGUUUGUAGCAUGAUGGUUGAAGCCUCACAAACAGGGCAGAGCUGUGAUGCAUUUAGCUAGACUGUUUUCCCAUUGGAGCAAUGUGCCACAGUUAGUUUCUCUGAUCGAGAUGUAUCGCUGCUUUAUUUGUGGCUUUGAACCUGUCUUUGUUUGACCAUGAGGCUGAGUUGGCAGAAAAUCAGCCAAUUUCGUCUAUUCACCCGAGAUUAAAUUGUAGCCUCUAGCCUCUUCAAGUCUCAGAGAUGGAGGAGAAUGAAGUAAGAAAUUUUUCCUCUCCCAUCCUCUGAGCUGGUCAGAGUGGCCGUAAGCAUCGCAGUCAUGGUGAGGGUACUUGCAUUUCUUAAUCAGUGGGUGAAGUCAGACUGAAGAAGUAGCAGGAAUGGCAUGUGGACCUGUCAGCAUUUCAGCAAUCCUUCUGCUCCCCACCCAACCCUAUUUACUAAUUCCAAAUUCACUACUGACCAUGAUGUGCAUCUCAACCAAUUGUUUACAGAAACCUAACAUCGAGACUUCUUUUGAACUGUUCAUUGUUCAUUUUGUAAUUAUGGUGCAAUUUUUUUGUGAAAUACCUGUUUAUAAACAAGUAAACUAUGUAAUAUUUAUUAGUGUGCAAACUUUGUCCAGUUUGAAACUAAGAUCAGUGGUUUCUGACAAAGUAUUUGGUUAAUGAGCCAGACAUUUAACUGUGACAAAUUGUACUAGAGUGGUCUCUUGAAUCAUUUAUGCUCAACUCAGUGACUCGAAGGUUAGUUUGUACAGGAGAUUUGCCUCCUACCAAGUCUCACAAUCAGUCAGUGCCCAGGGUAAGAGAGUCAUGGAGCAGAGAGGGAGGCAGUAAGAAGGGCGAUGUGGUGGCUGAGGGAUUUGGGGAGACUUCAUCUCAUUUUGCUUUGGCCUGUGUUAAAAGUUCAUCAAGCCACUCUUAAUAAAUUCAAUAACAGAUUCUUCCCAAUCCUAAUGUAUCAAAGCAUCAAGAUGUUGAACUGAGGAGAAUUUAAUCGCACUGUUUGCACUUCAUGUGAAUUUUAAUCCUGCAGCAAUUUGAGGCUUGUAACCUGGUCCUGUAUAAGCUUGAAGAGGGAGUGCAUUGUACCAAGCUAUUUGGUUUUAUUUGACUAAAUCUGUACUUUUGGUUGACCAUAAUAAUCCACAUUCCCAAGUGGUGUUGAACAAAACUGACCAUUUGAUAAGUGCAAGAUAACCUGGGAUAAAACUGACAGCUGAGAGGAUCUGGGACCAGCUGGUUUCUCUACCUCUUGCAGAAUCCGAUGAAACAUUUUGAUUGUAUUACUAAUAACCUUGUAAAUAAAAUACAGUCUCUGGAAGACUUUCAGUGCA